UUUUUCACCGACUGCUGAUGACGGUGGCAGACAGCGCAGGUUGGUUAGCUGAGUGGUGGAACUGGGAGGAGAAGUGGCUGUUGAGACUUAAAACAUCUUUUGUCAGGGAAGCUGCUUUAAAAAGACACGGAAACAAUAAAAUAAACGAGCGGAGCCGAGUUACUAUGAGGGACCUGUCAACUACAAGGGAGCUGGAGCCGGUUCGGAGGCGUCUCUAACAUUGUUUUGAGGGCCUGUUGCUAGCUACGGGAAAUCCUCGGACUAGCCCCGCUGGACACCGGGCCGAGCGAGCGCAGAGGACCGAGGGACGGAGCUCCGUGGGUCCGCUUUCAUCCAGCAGGUUUCGCUGAAGCGAGCUGCCCUUUUUCUUGCAUCCAAACAGAGACGUUAGCUUCUCCUGCUCGUCCGUGGCUAACAUAUUGCACCUUUCAGUUUGACAGUUAGCUAACCGUAGCUCUCCCGUGUUUACAAGCUAAUUCAGCCGGGGUCCUCUGAAGAAGUUGGCGUUAGGUAUGUUUGUUUCCGUUAAUAUUGGCAUAUUUGGCUGCUGUCGCCUCUCUGGUGGCUGGUAGUGGCCUGUACGGUUGUUACACCUGUUUUCUUUACCGACUGAAGGUCGCCAAGCAGGCAGCGAAAUCAGAAGGUCCCCUAGCUGGGGUUAUCACAUACUGAGGCUUAUCUGCGGCAGCCCAAAGUUUGUCACCUUGUUGAGACAAUAUCCCGGAUGAAGGCUCACAGAGAAGUGUGGAUUUUGAUGCCCUCAGGACUCCCAGCUGUCUCCUGCUCUGCUUGGCAUUAUUAAACUCACACCAGCAUCAAGUGACUGCCACGACAGAAGCAACUGAUCUGCUUUCUCUCUUCCUGGGCUGAUUUGCUCAAGGAGGAGCCUCUUUAGAACACACCAGGAUGAAUCGUUACCUGCCGGUGGCACGACAGCACUUCCUGGCAGCUCUUGCCAGCACCAGUGUGGUGGUAAAAACUAUAUGCGCAGUGGUGGUUCUCCUCUAUCUACUGUCAUGGGCUGUUGACACUCCAUACGUCCUAGGGGUGACCCCGGGCUACCUCUUUCCACCCAACUUCUGGGUGUGGACGCUGGUGACCCAUGGGGUGGUGGAGCAGCACGUCUGGGUGGCGGCCAAUGUGGGAACAGUUAUGGCCUGUGGGCGCCUGCUGGAGCCUUUGUGGGGCGCUUUGGAGCUCCUGAUCUUCUUCGCAGUGGUUAAUGUGUCGGCGGGCCUCCUGGCAGGCCUCUCCUACCUCCUCACCUAUGUGGCCACCUUUGACCUGCACUUCCUGUUUGCUGUUCGUGUCCACGGAGCAGCUGGGUUCCUGGGAGGUGUCCUGGUGGCGCUGAAGCAGACCAUGGGGGAUACCACAGUGCUCAGAGUCCCACAGGUGAGACUGAAAGCAGCACCGGCUUUGGUCCUCCUCCUCCUGGCCUUACUGCGCCUGUCUGGGCUGCUCGACAGCUGUGCCCCCCUGGCCGCCUACAGCUAUGGAGCCCUGUCCGGCUGGGUCUACCUGCGCUUCUACCAGAGGCACAGCCGAGGCCGCGGAGACAUGUCAGAUCACUUCGCCUUUGCCAGCUUCUUCCCUGAGGCGCUGCAGCCGGCUGUCGGACUGCUAGCGGGACUCGUCCACUCUGCCCUGGUGAAAAUCAAGGUGUGCAGGAAGAUGGUGAAGAGAUACGAUGUGGGGGCGCCAUCUUCUAUCACGAUCAGUCUGCCGGGGACUGACCCACAGGAUGCAGAGAGGAGGAGACAACUGGCUCUGAAAGCCCUGAACGAGCGUCUAAAGCGUGUGGAGGAUCAGUCUGCUUGGCCCAGCAUGGACGACGAGGAAGACGAGGACGAGGACGAGGUCAGAACUGACACACAGCCACUGCUCCCAGGUGGACGGGAUCCGUCCUCCUCCUCCACACCGAGAACAUCCGGGGGUCCCAGUGGCGCCUCCCUCUCCUCCACCUCCUCAUCCUCCAUGUCACAGAGCGGUGGAGCGCCGGCUUCAGGCGGAGUGCAGCACCCAGAGUCCAGUAUCAUCAGCUUUGAGGAUGCACCGUCUAGAUCAUAGCAAACAGGACGCCUGUGUACAGAUAUGCACGCUCUGUUUGGUGUCACUGGCGAGUAUACUGGUGUGUUCAGUGUCCCUGACUAGUAUACAAAUGUAUUCAGUGGCGGUGAUUUUAGGCGUGCGCUCGAUAUCACACACAACACGCAGCAUCUUUGAGCAGUUCAUACACACAGCCGUGCACUCACAAACACUAACGUCAUUGUGAAGCCCGAGAGACUGUACAGCGCUUUCAGUUGAGACGUGUCGGUUGUAAAGGCUCGGUGUAGUUGGGCAAACUGAACUCUUAAUUCUUCUUUUCCUUCCCACAUACAACCAAAAGUCAGAAAUUUCUGUCUUGUCUGAACUUGAAUCCCAACUUGAAGAGCUGUGUUCACUGCUUCAUGUGUCUCUUUCUCUUGCUUUCUGAAUAAAUAACAACAUGGGUGUACAAUA